AUGAAGCUCCCUGACAUAGAACUCCGGCUAGUGCUGCUGUGGGCACUGGUUUGGGCACAGGGUGCAGAAUCUGCAUGUUCCACCUGUGGGGGCCCAACAGUGGCACCCCAAGCAGAACGAGCUCUGGUCCUAGAGCUGGCCAAGCAGCAAAUCCUGAAGGGGCUGCACCUCACCAGCCGUCCCAAAAUAACUCAUCCUCCACCCCAGGCAGCACUGACCAGAGCCCUCCGGAGAUUACAACCAGGCAGUGUGGCUCCAGGGAACAGGGAAGAGGUCAUCAGCUUUGCUACCAUCACAGACUCCUCCACUUCAACCUGCAGCUCCAUGCUCACCUUCCACCUGUCCACUCUUCGGUCCCACCACCUGUAUCAAGCCCGCCUCUGGCUACACAUGCUCCCCACCCUUCCUGGCACUCUCUACCUGAGAAUCUUCCGCCGGGACCCAAGGAGGAGGGGCCGAGGGUCCCGCACCCUCCUAGCUGAGCACCAAGUGACUACCUCGGGCUGGCAUGCCCUGACUCUGCCCUCUAGUGGCUUGACGGGUGAAGAAUCCAGCAUCCUGAAACUCCAGUUGGACUGCAGACCUCUACAAGGCAACAGCACAGUUGCUGGACUACGGAGGCGGCUCCUGUACACAGCAGGACAGCAGCGACCCUUCCUGGAGCUUAAGAUUGGAGCCAAUAGGCCUGGAGUAGGCCGGAGCAGGAGGAGGACCCCCACCUGUGAGCCUGACAACCCCUUAUGUUGUAGGCGAGACCAUUAUGUAGACUUUCAGGACCUGGGAUGGCGGGACUGGAUCCUGCAGCCUGAGGGUUACCAGCUGAAUUACUGCAGUGGGCAGUGUCCUCCCCACCUGGCUGGCAGCCCAGGUAUUGCUGCCUCCUUCCAUUCUGCUGUCUUUAGCCUCCUCAAAGCCAACAAUCCUUGGCCCACAGGAACCUCCUGCUGUGUCCCCACUGCCCGAAGGCCUCUCUCACUUCUCUACCUCGACCAUAAUGGCAAUGUGGUCAAGACAGAUGUGCCAGAUAUGGUGGUAGAGGCCUGUGGCUGCAGCUAG